GGAAAUACUGAGGAACUAUCACAGAUUGGAGGAGACCAAGGGCACAUGACAGCUAAAUGCAACAUGAAAUCCUGGAUUGGAUCCUGAAAUAGCAAAAGGAGAGCAGUGAGAAAGCUGGGAAAUCCGAAUAAGGUAUGCUUGAGGAGAGUGACAUCAUCUGUGUGGCAGUGCUUUCCGGGCUCCUUACAGAUGGAGGUAAUUGCAGAUGGAAAACCUACCACAGGAGGAGACUACCGGUUGAAGAAUGCCUCAUCUGAUAUAAAACAAAUGGUUAAAAGUGAAACACACUUGGAUAUUACUGCUGAUCUCAGAAAGAAACUCCAUGGGGCUAAGAAAGAAAAAUUAGAAAUAACAACUAAGCACAAUGCAGAGGCCCGUGACCAACUCUGGGUUCAGCCCUGCACUUUGAAGGGUAUGAAAGAAAUGUAAGAGAAGACCCUGCCAUCAAAGGACUUUGGAGACUCACCAUCUACUUUCUUCAUGGUCUGCCGCCAUAUGGUGAUAAGGAAUAACCUUGAUUAGAAGGCACAGCCUCUGUGAAAGACCAGCAGGGUUAACUUCAUUAUGUGGGAAUGAUGAUUUCACAUAUAAGAUCCUUCACAGCGAGAGGAGAUUGGUUCAAGAUGGCAGAGUAGAAGGACGUGCUCUCACUCCCUCUUGCAAGAGCACUGGAAUCACAGCUAACUGCUGAACAAUCAUCAACAGGAAGACACUGGAACUCACCAAAAAGAAUACCCCACAUCCAAAGACAAAGGAGAAGCCACAAUGAGAUGGUAGACGUUACUGUUGGACAAUCCCAGAAGUAGAAUCGAUGGUUCAAAGGUCCCACCUCUUUUAAAAAUAAAGAGGAUAGAAGGAAAGAACCACGUAAUAUGUGAAGAUAAAAAGUAGGAAAGGAUCGAAUGUGAAAGAAAAGAAGGGAUGGAAAUGCCCUGAUCAUGACGGAGCAGUCAGCUUCCCUGUCUCACAGAAUGAAGGCUCCAGAUGAACCCAGAGGAAGAAAGAAGGAGGAGCCGCACAGCCCAGAUGAGAGUGACACGCACCAACUCCAACUCCUCGCCGGGGAACGCUUCAUCCCAGUUCCGCGGAGUGCUCGGUCCGAACUGCGCUCGGCGCCUCCCCAGCGGGUCUCGAACCAGCCGCCCUGAGCUCCCGCUUCCCCUCGCUGCGGCAGCCUGGAUCCCGAGGGCGGCGGGCCGGGCGCGGCGUGACCCCUAGUGAACGGCGCCCGCCGGUUCUCACCCCUCCCCUCCCCUCCCAUCCUCCCUUCCCGUUUCACCCCUCCCCUCCCCCUCCCCAAGCCUGACAGCCCCGGAGCUGCCAAGCAGGGCGCAGCCAUGGGAAGAGGAGGCGGUCUAGGGAGCGGCGGCGGCGGCAGCAGCGGCGGCUGCUGCAGCGGCGGCGGCGGCGGCUGCUGCUGCUGAGCCGAGGCAGCGGCGAGGACCCCGGGCUGGGGCCGCGCAGGCCGGAGGGCCCCGCGCCCUCGGCCCCAGCGCGGCCGCGAACCGCUCUCUCUCUCCGGAGGCGAGGCUCGGAGGUCCUACAGGUAUGGAUCUCUGGCAGCUUCUGUUGACCUUGGCAGUGGCAGGCUCAAGUGAUGCUUUUUCUGGGAGUCCAGCCACACCAGCUAUCCUUGUCAGAGCGUCUCCGAGUCUGCAGAGAGUUCAUCCAGGCCUAGAGACAAAUUCUUCCGGGAAACCUAAAUUCACCAAGUGCCGUUCACCUGAACUAGAGACUUUUUCAUGCCACUGGACAGAUGGGGUUCAUCACGGUUUACAGAGCCCAGGAUCCAUACAGCUGUUCUAUAUCAGAAGGAGCACUCAAGAAUGGACUCAAGAAUGGAAAGAAUGCCCCGAUUAUGUCUCUGCUGGAGAAAACAGCUGUUACUUUAAUUCAUCUUAUACCUCCAUUUGGAUCCCCUACUGUAUCAAGCUAACUAGCAAUGGUGAUACUGUGGAUCAAAAGUGUUUCUCUGUUGAGGAAAUAGUGCAACCAGAUCCACCCAUUGGCCUCAACUGGACUUUACUGAACAUCAGUUUAACAGGGAUUCAUGCAGAUAUCCAAGUGAGAUGGGAACCACCACCAAAUGCAGAUGUUCAGAAGGGGUGGAUAGUCCUGGAAUAUGAACUGCAAUACAAAGAAGUAAAUGAGACCCAGUGGAAAAUGAUGGACCCUGUAUUGUCAACAUCAGUUCCAGUGUACUCAUUGAGACUGGAUAAAGAGUAUGAAGUGCGUGUGAGAUCCAGACAACGAAACUCUGAAAAAUAUGGCGAGUUCAGUGAGGUGCUCUUCGUAACACUUCCUCAGAUGAGACCGUUUGCAUGUGAAGAAGAUUUCCGGUUUCCAUGGUUCUUAUUUAUUAUCUUUGGAACAUUUGGACUAAUGGUGACAUUAUUCUUAUGCAUAUUUUCUAAACAACAAAGGAUUAAGAUGUUGAUUCUACCCCCAGUUCCAGUUCCAAAGAUUAAAGGAAUUGAUCCAGAUCUCCUCAAGGAAGGAAAAUUAGAAGAGGUGAACACAAUCUUAGCCAUUCAUGACAACUAUAAACACGAAUUCUACAAUGAUGACUCUUGGGUUGAAUUUAUUGAGCUAGAUAUUGAUGACCCUGAUGAAAAGACUGAAGGAUCAGACACAGACAGACUUCUAAGCAAUGACCAUGAAAAAUCACUUAAUAUCCUUGGGGCAAAGGAUGACGACUCUGGACGUACCAGCUGUUAUGAACCUGACAUUCUGGAGACUGAUUUCAAUGCCAAUGACAUGUGUGAUGGUACCUCAGAGGUUGCUCAGCCACAAAGGUUGAAAGGGGAAGCAGAUCGCUUGUGCCUUGACCAGAAGAAUCUAAAUAACUCACCUUUGAAUGAUGCUACCCCUGCUAGCCAGCAGCCCAGUGUUAUCCUAGGAGAGGAAAACAAACCAAGAUCACUUCUUAUUGGCAAAACUGAGUCAACUCAUCAAGCUGGCCAUACACAGCAACAGCUCAGCAAUCCAAGUUCAUUGGCAAACAUCGACUUUUAUGCCCAGGUAAGUGACAUUACACCAGCAGGGAGUGUGGUCCUUUCCCCGGGCCAAAAGAAUAAGGCUGGGAUCUCCCAGUGUGACAUGCGUCCAGAAGUCGUCUCACCCUGCCAAGCAAACUUCAUCAUGGACAACGCCUACUUCUGUGAGGCAGAUGCUAAAAAGUGCAUCGCCCUGGCCCCUCAUGUCGAGGUUGAAUCACAUGUAGAGCCAAGCUUUAACCAGGAAGACAUUUACAUCACCACGGAAAGCCUUACCACUACUGCUGGGAGGUCUGGGACAGCAGAACGUGUUCCAAGUUCUGAGUUGCCUGUCCCAGACUAUACCUCCAUUCAUAUAGUACAAUCUCCACAGGGCCUCGUACUCAAUGCAACUGCCCUGCCCUUGCCUGACAAAGAGUUUCUCUCAUCAUGUGGCUACGUGAGCACAGACCAACUGAACAAAAUCAUGCCGUAGCUUUUCUUCGAUUUCCCAUGAGCUACAUAUUUAAUGAGUUACCUAUUUACUCUAGCAAAGAGUUGGCUAGGGCAUGAAUGCUUAAACCAAAACAAUGUUUAAACAUUUUUUGG